UUCUUUCCGAAGAUGCCUGUUAAUGUGCACUUAGAUUAGGAUUAGGUCCUGUCUGCUGAUAUUUAUAUCACAGCUUCUAAAUUCCAUUCCUGCCACAUUUAUGGGACAUACUUGAGUACGAAGUAAAUCAUCUCAUAAAUAAUGACCUACACCUCGGAGAUAUGUGCAGUUCUUUCCACUAGGGGGCAGGCUACACUUCACUUUCGAAUUUAGUCAUACGUGAAUAUUUGGGCUGCACCAAAGAAAUAGCUUUGCGUAAAUUUAUGGAGUCACCAGAGGAUGAUUUAUAAAAUUACUACGAACCGGAUCACUCAAGUCAAGUCUCACGGAGAUUUAGUGCACCUUGGUUGCUUGUAGUAGUGUAUUUGCUGGUGAUCGAAGAAAAACGGUACCGAUGAAAACACACCAGGAAAAAACAAGUAUUGUAUCUCUCCCGCAUUUUCGUCGCUAAAACCAUCCGUUCUUCUCGAAAUUCAUCCAUUCCAGCACAGCCCAACAAUCAGGAGGAGAUGCAGAGACGUGAAGCUGCUAAUAAAGUGGGAUCCGGCCCUGGUGAAGAGCCCCAGACCAGGGAACAGUUCUUACAGUAUUCCUGUCAACUUAAAAUGGACAUCAACACUGCACACAGGGCACUCCAUUUCGACGAGGGACACAGACAGGCUACCUCCGGCGGGACCCUGCAGGCAUACCCGGAUUGCCCAGAGAGAUUUGACUACUGGCACCAGGUUCUUUGCAAAGAGGGUUUGACGGGACGCCACUACUGGGAGGUCGGGUGGAAUGGAAGAGGAGUUAAUGUAGCAGUUGCAUAUAAAGGGAUGAGGAGGAAAGGAGAGAGCAAGCCAGUCUCUCUUGGAUUCAAUGACCAGUCCUGGAGUUUGCAGUGCACCCCUACCAAGUACUAUUUCUGGCACGAUUGGAAGAGCAUUGCAAUAUCAGGACCCAUCACUUUUAAAAUAGGGGUGUACCUGGAUCACGGUGCAGGAACUCUGUCAUUCUACAAUGUCUCUGACAAGAUGACCCUCCUGUACAGGGUCCAGACCAUCUUCACUGAGCCCCUCUAUCCCGCAUUCAAAUUAUCCAAACCUGGCUUAAUCAGAAUAUGAAUCACGAUACAAAGUUAUGAUAUGAAGUCAAACUGUGCCUUAAGCCAAAAUGAGAGAAGUACAUGCCAAUUAAGACAAAGAGAAAGGGACAAGGAGAUGCAGACAGGACCGUUUUGUUUAUUGUGGAGAACUCUACACUCGAGUAGAAACAGUAUUUGUAUGUAAAGGGUGGGUUGCAAUGGAACAUCCAUAUUAAUGUGUAAUUAAAGUGUAAAAAAGGACUAUAUUUAGCCAAAUGAAACUGUCAGUCAUUGUUUGGUUCUCUCAGGGCAGGCCCAAACCUUUUUGGGUGCCUAAAUAAAAUCAAUGACAAAGUAAAAAUAAAACUUACGCCCAUUUUGUCUUGGA